AACAAACCUUGUCUCUCUCUAACCAGGUUACUGAGUGUGAUACCCCUCUUACUCCCCGUCAUAUUAUUCUUUUUCCUUUUCACCCUUAUCACUCUUUUCUUACUUUGAUAGGUGACUCACCUUUUGAGAUCUUUGUCGACUGCAUAUAUAAACAUGACCUCACCAUACUCCGGUUCACUCACAGCCAAACGUAAAGCCGAACUCGUCGAGAUCGCCCAAGCUCUUGAUAUCCCCGAUGCGGACGCAAAGAUAUCAGAAUUGGUCAAGAAGAUCCAACAACAUCUCGAUAUGAACGAGACUUCUUUGUCCAAGAGUCCCAUGUUCAAGGGGUUAUACAAUAAGAAGAAAACUCACGCAGAUAGCGAAACUGAUACACCUCUCUCGGAUGCUAAAGCUGCCGUCGUCUCUACCGUGGUUAAAGGUCGUAAAUCUAUCAAUAAGGCAAUAGAUAAGGUGGUUGAUGCUGCUGCCAAUAUUCCCUUACCUGAGACGCCUGUGAAUGCAGCCAAAAUAUCUGAAGUCGCAAAUCAAUCCAUGGCUGUAGCUUUAGCACCAGCUAAGAACCUCUCUGGCGAACUCAGCACCACACUCUCUGGUUGGGGACACUCUGUCGUCAAGUAUACAGGACAAGGACAACGUAGGGUUGACGUAGUGGUCCGUGCUAUUCGUGAUGGCUUGUCCACACCGGAACAUAUCGUCCUCGCCGCAAUCUCCCUAGAACUCGUGGCUCUUUUCUUCCACGUCGUACAAUUCUAUGAUCAUACAAUUUGGUUCCCCCCUCCUCCAGGAAGCAAAGGUACCGUCGCUUCUCUUCUUCAUAGCGCGUUCGGUUGGGCACCUAGUCUUCAAGUCAAGGUCAGAUGGCCUGAUGUGCAUAGUUUUAAGAGAAGUGGGGAAUUGUAUUCUGCCGUUGUGUGGUGGUUUUUCUCCACCGUCUUGCCACCUUUGACAUUAUCAACAGUAGUAUCGUUCGUCCCUCAGAAAGGAGUUUCCAAGACGGGUCACAACACUCGGCAUGCGGCCGCUCAUCCGCCAUCCCCAACAGUUGACCCUCUAUCAUUCUCCAUCUUCCGUCUCGCUCUCUUAGUCUUCCCCCUGACUACAGCCGCACCAUCCGCUAUGGUAGACGCUCUUGAGAUGUCUGGGAAUUUACAGGGUCGUGCUCUCGGUGCGGGUUUGUUGGCUGGUUUGAUGCUUGCCGAUAGACUUGGGGGAUUUUAG